UUCAAACUUAAUUGUAUGAGCAGUUGCAGCCAUGACAGACAUAUAGCAGAAAAAUAUUCUCUCUAGCAAAAAGGCUUAGAGGUGCAAAACAUAUUCCAACAAAGCCAAACCUAUCAGAGAAGUGAGGGUGAAUAAAAGGUCAAACUAAGAUGCGCAAAAAAAUGAAAGGUCAAACUAAAACUGUUUAUGCGCCAACAAAUUUGGCUACAAGAACUUUGGCUGGACUUAUUUAUUGGUGUUUUGAGUCAUUAACGUUAUUAAAAAGCUUCACAUUCCAUUUUGCUGUCACGUUGUUUUGUUCACUCUGUUAAACCAUAACCGAUGCAACAAUUAAACAUAAUAUUGUAUAGAUAAAAAAAAUUCUAGAUAAAUGAUGCACACAACUUUGGCGAAAAGAAGGAGGAUCUUUCCAUAGUUUCAUCUCUCCGGGGUUACAGCCCCAGUGGCCGAAUCAAUACACUUAUUUUAAAAGGUGAAACUCUCGUGCACAAGACUCCUGCAGUGGGCAGGAUAUCCGCAGCAUAUACACCCACAUACUCUGCAUUCUAUCAUUCCUUCAACCGCCCAAUGUUUCUCCUAACCUGGCAACAAUAUCGAUCCACUUGAAACCACUGUUCCGAUACAUUCACAAACCAACAUGCGCAUACGCGAAAGAAACUAAGAUACUAGGAUCAAACAAAAAAAUUUAAGCAAGCGCAUGAAUAAGAUCGGGACUUUCCUGGGAAAGUCACUAGUGAGAACCAGAAGGAAGUGGAUUGAUCCUCCUCCUUCUAACCUGUCAACAACAUCGAACGAACCAUUUGAAGGCACCAAUACAUACACGCACCCAAAAAUAAAAAAGGCGAAAAAUGACAGGUAUUAGACUGGAUUCCCCCGUAAACUUAGGCGUAAUAUUCGGAACUUGCCUUGGCAAGACACGAGUGAAAAAAUCACCCGAGUCCAAGAGAAGAUGCCCGAAGCGGGAACCAAAAAGGACAGAUAGAGCUGAACUGAGAUCUUUCCGAGAUCUCGAAAAACUGACAGAGAUCUGGAAAAGGAAACCGAAGAAUUGGAUUGGAUUGGAAUAGGAAACCGAAGAAUAUUGAUUUGUCAAAAUAGACGUUGGUUAGGGUUUGAUAUCCUCAAAUAAAAGUAAAUAACCAAGAGAGUGUGUUAUCAGGAUGAGCGCAGAUGAUCAUGCAAUCCAUUGGUACCGAUUAACUGGUUCUUAUACUCAGCCUUCUAACUCGCUCUCUGAUUCCCUCAACCAUGGCCGAUACGGAUCCUAAACCCAUGACCAUCGAUGGCUCAGACCAAAACUUGGCCCUCGCGCGCUCCCAAUACCUAACGCGGCAUGAGGUUCUGACUCGGCGAUCCCGGCGAGUUAGGCAACUUGCCCGGGUCUACAGGGACCAAAUGGAGAAGGUCAAGGCCAAGUACAGGGACUACUACUGGGUAUACGGAAAGAGCCCCUUCAAGGAGGAUGAGAAGAAGACAAUCGGCCUUGAAAGCGGGACGGAUGGAGCAGGAGAGAAUGGCCGGUUCGGGGUUGGGACUGGGGACGUUGAGGGAAAGUGUGCUGUAGCCGGUUGCAAGGCAAAGGCGAUGCCUUUGAUGAGGUUAUGUCAUGCCCAUAUUCCGUCUGAUUCUAAACAGAAGGUGUACACUGGAUGCACAUAUGUGAUCAUGAGUGCACACGCAGGGCCUAUUUUAUGUGGGAAACCAGUAUUGAGAUCAACAAUUCCUGUCCUAUGCGCCACGCAUUUGCAGAAGUCAGAAAAAUAUCUCAAACAAGCUUUGAAAAAGCAAGGUCUUAAUGUAACUUCUCCAAGUAAGCUUGUGCUGAAAUUUCAUAUGAUGGUCACAGAAUAAGUCCGCCAAAUCCAGAGCAAAAGAAGAGCCGCUAAAAAGGCUUCUCUUGCUAAAACUGAGAUCAAGGAGGGGAAAACUAAUUAGAUCACUUCUUUUUGUCUUUGCAUAUUCUUUUAAUAUGCUUACAUCGUUAGCUGUUCAUGCAGUCAGCAGAUUAUUAACCAUCAAAUUUUCAGUUGUAUCUUUGUUUUGUGGACUAGUGGACAUUGGAUUUGUCCCUUGAAAGACAUCACCUGUGCAUACAUGAGGUGUAAUGGAUAUUUGACAUUAAUUCUAAUCAAAGCAUCAAAGGGGCAGCCGCAGCUGUAUUUGUUCAUCUGUAGUAAAGCUACAAGCGAGAGAAAAUGACAUGAUUUUGGGACUGAGUUUAUGUGAAAGAGAGCUAAUUUGUGGUAUCCUCAGGGGGAGUUGUUGGUGUCAUCUUGGUUGAAACUAGGUUUUGCUUAGGUAGAGUAUCCAUGGACAGCUGCCUGUGGUAUGUCCAAAAAUGGACUUAGAGUGUGUUUUGAUUGAGGGAUUUGGGGGGAAGGGAAGAGAAAAGAAGGGGAGGGGAGGGGAGGGAAGGGAAUGAAUAGAUAAAAAAAGAAAGGAAAGUCAAUUUCACUCAUCUUCCAUUCCCUGCAAAUUCCUCAACCCAAACACACUCUUAGUCUUGUUAUUCCCGGACAUUGAUGACGGGGACGGAGUCAAUGUUUUGGACUCUCUCCCUACCAACCAAAUGGACAAAGUUUGUUUGAAA